AUACCAAUAGAUUGGGUUAUCUAGUUCGGUUAAACGUCAAUUGACGUCGAAAUUGAAAAUAUCUUUUGCGUGUAUCACACUAGUUCUACAAUUGGCGAGCAUGGCUGAUGACUAGUGGCCACGAUCAUUUUAAGUGCAAGGGAAACACAAUAAUAAAUCGUUCAAUAUUGUGUGAAUAAAAUUAUUGAUACUGUUCAAUAGUUAACCUUAUCAACAAUUUCGUGAAUAAAAAUCUACGUAUGUAGGGCUCGUGGAUCCCCGAUUAAUGUCAGAUAAUCGGUAAAAUUUAUGAUUUAAGUUCGCUCAACGUUAUUAGAUUAAAAAGGUGUCAAACGGUGUUGCGGUUCAUUUCACUGCGGUUAACGACGUCUGUUGUGUCUGCUCAAUCAGAAAUCGUUGCAAACAACAAUUUUCUUACAAAAAAUUAAACAAAAUGAAGGAAAUAAUUCUGUUGGUUGUUUUCACAUUGGCAACUUCAGCCAUGGAUAUAGAACAACCAAAAACAUUUUUUGACGUGCAAAAUGAUGUGGAAAUUAAUUUAUAUACAUUGAAAAAUCCAACGGAACCUCAAAUUCUUGUGAUAAACGAUACAAAUUCGAUUGAAGAAUCCCAUUUCAAUCGUAAUGUUCCAACGAGAAUUUUUAUCCAUGGUUUUCAAUCAAAAGGAGAGCUCAAAACUAGUUUGACUGGAGCAUAUUUUCUAAAGGGAAAGAAGAAUGUCAAUUUAAUCGGGGUGAAUUGGGAGAAAGCGUCAAGAACAUUCAAUUAUUUGGCUGCAUCUCGUUAUGUGGAAAAAAUCGGAACUCGUGCCGCCGAGUUUGUGGAUUUUAUGGUUGACAACAAAAUCAUCAAAUUAACUGAUCUCACUGUAAUCGGAUUUAGCUUAGGUGCACAUAUUGCUGGCAUUACCGGGAAGAGAGUGCGAUCAGGCAAAAUCCCCAAAAUUGUCGGUUUAGAUCCAGCCAAACCGUUGUUUUCUUUGGAUAAACCAGACGAGCGGCUCGAUAGUAACGAUGCGAUCCAUGUGGAAACCAUUCAUACGAGCAAAUUGGGCUUUUUCGAUCCACUAGGAAUUGUUAGCUUUUAUCCAAAUGGCGGUCGAUCACAGCCUGGAUGUACUUGGGAUAUCGUUAGAUCUUUUUUUUUUUAAUUACUUCGAAUCGUAUUUCAA